AUGCUUCUCCUCCCACUUCUUCUCUUCAUCCCUCUUGUCAUCGCACAAGGCCUGGGCGUCUCCACGUCCUACUGGCCAGUGCUCAGCCCCUCCCCCUCAACGCCCUGGGUGCGCGGGCAGAAGAACCUCCUCGCAUGGCGCGUCGCCGGCGGCACCGGCGUGAGCGCCUUCGAGAUCGAGCUGCACCACUGGUCGCGCAAAGUGAUGCAGGGCGCCCUCAAAAUCGCCCGCCGGUACCCCAUGCAGGCGCUGCCAGGGCGCUACGGGAACUUGGGCGGGAGCCUCGAAGUCGAGAUCCCCGCCGAUCUGCCCGCGACCGACGGAUACAUGAUCUCCUUCUCGUCCUACUACCACGGCAAGGUGUAUGCCAUGUCCGAGCCGUUUGCGAUUGUCGACUCGCUGCCCUCGAACGCCACCGCGCCCACAGGCGUGCCCAGCCCAAGCCUUACGGCCGUCAUCACCGGUCUCCCGCAUCCCACGCAGCAGUGGCCGCUGAUGCUCGACGGCCCCGAGGACAAGAACGACGAAAAGUAG